CCCUCUGUCAAGCGACCAGACAAGGCAAUAGAGCAAGCAAAAAUGAUAUCGACGGUAGCUACCUACGAACUAUGCGUACCCGCACUUCGAAAAGCGAUGCAAAACCAUCUGGAGGUUUUGAAGAAGGCUGAGGUGUGGUGCGACAAGAACGGGUAUCCGCACUCGAAAGCCUUGGGAGCUAGACUCGCUCCAGAUAUGCAUCCUCUCGCGCUUCAAAUCUUUUUCCAGGUUACUACCGCUACAAGGGCACUCCAGCGCCUUGCGGGCAUGGAAGUACCCACGUUCAAGUUCGACGCAGCCUCUUUCCAGGAUUUGUACAUGCAAAUUGAUCAGGCCUUGGAAUGUUUCGAGAAGGCGCGCCCAGAGGCGUUUGAGGGGAAGGAGGAUAUGCCCGUGGUUAUCGAUGUACCCAACAUGUGGCAUUUCGAUCUAAACGGCUUGACAUAUCUGCAGGAGUUUGUUCUACCGAAUUUCUUCUUUCACAAUGUGACGGCUUAUGGCAUCUUGCGGAACCUUGGGAUACCGCAAACCCAGCACCAAUUGCUUGCGUACUCGCACACAAUGGACAAUCUACUCACGCAGAAGACGCCUACCGCGCUGGCAAUCGCGCAGGCUGUAGGCAUAACGGGGAGCGUGUUCCUACUAGGAUCCAAUGUAUGCCUUUCGGUAGUCGGCAUCCCCGCCGCAAUGCAAGCCCCCGCUCCCCUCGCAGUAAAGCAAUGGCACACAAUCUUCACACGAGGCGGCGCAAUCGCGAGGCCAUUAGCCAUUGUCUCAGCUCUAGCAACCGGAUACGUGGCCUAUAACCAAGACCCCAAAUCCACACCUUUUCGCCUAAACGCUCUCGCGACCAUUCUUCUCCCCAGCAUCGUCCCCUUCACGCUCCUAGCCAUGGCACCCACCAACGACAAACUUCUAGGCAAGAAGGACGAACUCGCGACCGCAUCGUUGAGCAACAAGAACGUCGAAGCAUUUGCCGCCGAAGGUGAGACAGUGCACGAGCUGAUGGACAAGUGGGCGAGUCUGAACAUGGCGAGGGCAGUGCUGGUGGCUGUGGGAGCAGUGUGUACCGUUGCGUCAGCGGUCGUGGGAAGGAGGGAGCUUGUAAAGUUUGGUGGCCGGUGUGAGAUUCAGCGGUCGGUCACCGACUGGCCCAACAAGAUCAGUGCUGUGAACCCAUACGGGGGAUCUUCGAACCCUGGGUUUAUAAUGAGCUGCGUGGGUUCUGGUGGGCUUGGGCUUGGACUUGGACUUGGAGUGGAGGACAUCGACGAUGACAGGUCGAGUGUUGUUGUUGUUGUUGUUGUCGAGGCGAUAUCGCUUGUUAUGGAAGAAGCUUCAGUCGAAGUUUCUGUUAUGGUUAGAGAGGUCGGAGAGGAGACGAGUUCUGUUGAAGACACAGACGCUCUGGCCGUCAUCUCGCUGGAUGCAGAGGAGGAUGUGUCUGAAGAGACAACAGUCGAAGAAGAAGAUGAGCUCACAGCCUCUAGUGUAACAGUUGGAUCUGAAGAAACUGGAGUGAGACUGCUUGAAAUCUCUGCCGAGCUGUAA